ACUGCUUAGUUUGGCAGAUCAUUAUCGAGAACAUACAUAUUUGAAGCAUGUCAACAAAUGAGAGCAAUUCAGCAAGUGUUCUGCUUGACGGGGACCAGCUGAAGUGUGGGGUAUGUGAAGUAACAUGUGACUCUGUGAUGAAGUUUUUACAACAUAAGAUUACGCAUGUUGACCGUGGAAAGGGGAGAGGCUGUGAAGUGUGUCAGCUUGGUUUCUCAAGACAGACUGCCUUAUAUGAACAUUACCGUCGUAAACACAAUAUUGUAUUUGAUACAACAUUAGAAAAGCCAGAUGUACAAGUUGAAAGGCUGAAGAACAUAGUUAAACUUAAAGGUACAGCAAAGAAAGUAAGAGGGAAGUCAAAAAUUCAAUUAGAAACUGGAGUAUCUCUAUUGGAUGGUGCUACUGAACAGAUAGAAACAACAGCAGAAAUCAGUUUACCAAAUGGUCUAAGCUGUAAUGUCAAUUUGGGAUACAGUAACAGCUUUGUGGACAAUAUUGAAAAAUUGCAUGAAGCUACAAAAGUGAAUGAGCCUACAACACUUGUCAGUGCAGAAUCAUUGACUAGCUCAUACCACACACAAGAUGUUUCAUGUAUAUCUUCUGAAUCUGUUGUUUACAACAACACAAUUGUGCCAGGCUCUUCAUUAUUGGUUAGUUCACCAACUCUCUCCGGAUCUGUGAAUUUGACCAGCUCUUCUGUUAUACUGGUCAUGGGACCUCCGACAGGUUCAGCUUUAACAUCAGUCUCUUCUACGCAAUCAGAUGAAAGAUUAUCAUUAACAGAGUCACCAUCAUCUUCAUCACUGAAUGAUUUAUUACAAUCAAAUUACAGUCACAAUAAUCAGGACAAUGAGAAAGUUGUUAAACAUUUUUACUUUGAUAAAAGCAGUGAUUUAGAUAGAAAGCAAACCACUUAUGUAGAAAGUUUUCAUAAACCAGUUUCUCAUAACAGAACUGAAGCUUAUAGGCAAGUAGUGCCAGGAAAAAAAGAUCAGAAGACAGCUAGCUUGAAUGGAGUUUCAUCGAUUACUGACAGUUAUGUUGCUAAUAAAAUAGAUUUAUUCACAGGUGAAAUAUCACAUUCAUCUCAAAAAGAUUCAUUGCAGACCAUUGUACCAUUGACAAAUGAACAAAUUGGUAAUCAAGAAAACUUUUCUAAUGAGUGUAUUGAUUCCUUAAAGGAAAGUGAAGUGGAAAAUUCUAAAACUGAUGAAAUUAAUAAAAAAGAUCAUGUUGUAACUAGAAAUGUGUCCCCUUCUAAAAGCUUGGCUUACUGUACCAGAAAUUUUAAAAAGCGAGGAAAAUUAGCACCUGUUCCAGGAAAGAUUCCACAAGAGUUAGAUAUGCCCGAUUUUUAUUUUAUAUAUUUUGUAACAAAAGGGGGAAAGAAUGUGAAGAGCAUGCAUGUUGGGAAAGAUCAGUUUAAAUGCUUGUUUUGUACAUAUGUUGUACGGUGGAGAAAUAGUAUGUGCAGACAUAUGAGAGAAGAUCACGAUAAGGAGCUGCUAUCUGGUGCCGCUUUAAUAACUCCAUUGCAUCUUGGUACAGAAAAUGGGAAACUGAUGAAAAUGACAGAGUAUAUAGCAUUGGAAACGGCUGAAAAGCCAAAUAAGAGAAUGCGUGGGGUUGAGACACAAGAUAUGCUUGGAGAAUAUCCUUGUGAACAGUGCGGGAAAGUGUUUAAUAGGUUACGAUAUUGGCGGAUGCAUUUACAAAGUCACAAACGAAACAAAGAUUUUCUAUGUGCAUUAUGUUCCAAAACGUUUAAAACACAGAGAAAUCUUAUUCAGCAUUUGAAAUCGCAUGAAGAGAAAGAGCCGUAUAAAUGUCCGGAGUGUGAUUUUGAAUCAGCCGUUAACAUUGCUAUUCACAAACAUCGUCAAAUUCAUAGUGGCAAUAGUCUGAUAUGUGAAAUAUGUGGGCAGGCAUACAGUGAUAAAUCAACGUUGAAGAAACAUAAACAAGUUCACGACCCGGCUAGACCUUUUGGUUGCUCGAUUGCAGGCUGCACAUGGCGCUUUCGUUCAAAGGUCAUGUGUGAUGCCCAUAUUCAAGGUCAUGGAUCAAAGCGUACAUUUAAAUGUGAAGUUUGCGGAUAUGCCUUCAGACAGAAGCACCAUUUACAGAGGCACGAGAAAGUAGUUCAUAACAUUGUUCACGAGCCGAAACCUUCUUAUACAUACUAUAGUAACAGGGAUCAAACAGAAUAUAAUCAAAACCACUUUGAAGAUAUUUCAAAUGAUGGCCAAAAUGAAAUGGAAGUCUCCCAAGGAGUUAACCUGAUAAUCAACGAAGGUAACAUGUCAAAUGUUAUCACAGCCGAUCAUUUCGAUCUGGAAAGUGCAUUACAAAACGGUCAGUUAGUGAUAGCCACAGAUAAUAGCAAUAUUAACUAUGAGAUGUCGGACAUAGGUAGUAACGUGGUGUACCAGACUCUACUGCCAGACGGGGAGGCGCAGCAGUUUGAAGCACAGACAAUAUGUAUUCCACAGGCUGACACAAGUCAGAUGGUAUAUGAGGAAGUGGAGACAAUACAAUCAGAAGUUGAAAUAGAACAGUCCUGAUA